UCUCCCAGGUUCGUAGCCUCGUGUGGUUUCACUACUGACGUCAAGGUGUGGGAGGUUUGCUUCGGGAAGGGAGGAGAGUUUAAAGAAGUGGUACGAGCUUUCGACCUGAAGGGCCACUCUGCAGGAGUUCAUGCUUUCGCCUUUUCCAAUGACUCUCACAAAAUGGUGACAGUCUCAAAAGACGGCACGUGGAAGCUGUGGAAUACAAAUGUUGAAUACAAGAAGCAGCAGGACCCCUACCUCCUGAAGACGGUCCCCUGUUCGUCCUCUGAAGGCACUCUGGCGGCGCUGUCUCCGGACGGCCGGGUGGUCGCCAUCAGUGACGGCUGCAACGUUGCCAUGUUCAACGCCACCACCGGCCAGCUGGAGGAGGAGCUGCACGGCGUCCACAGCGAGGAGAUCAACGACCUCAGGUUCGAUGUAACCGGACGAUUCUUGGCGUGCAGCGGCGACAAAGCCAUCAGAGUGUUUCACAACGCCCCCGGCUACCGGGCGGCCAUCAGAGACAUGCAGGACAUGCUGAAGAAGGCCCAGAACGAGGCCAUGAAGCAGAGACUGCAGCAGCAGAUCUCGGAGGCUCAGAGAGCGCUGGACACUGUGCUCGCUGCUCCCAACGAGUGAACAUGAGGAAACACUGUGAUGAAGUCGUAAAGUCUGACUCUUGAUGCUAAUUUUUUUUUUUGCAACUUCAAAUCUCCCUCCGCCAAUAAAUGCUUUGGCCCGGGAAUUAAAGAAUGUGCAUGUAGUUUUAAUAAAGAACAUCUUUUUAUGGAAAA